AUGGCUGCACGCACGCUUUUCGCCGCUGCCCUUCUGGGCACUGUGGCCUUCGCCGUUCCCAUCGAGGAGAGGCAGUCUUGCGCAUCUGUCUGGGCCCAAUGUGGUGGUCAAACCUGGACCGGUCCUACCUGCUGCGCCGCCGGCAGCACCUGCGUCGUCGGCAAUCCAUUCUACAGCCAGUGCAUCCCUGGCAGCGCUGCUCCAUCGUCAAGCUCGACUGUCGCCUCUUCAACCGUUCUCACGAGCUCCACCUCCGUCGUCAGCCCGUCCCGCACCUCGACGACGACCGCCGGCUCCGCCACCACCACAAGCCGCGGCUCCACGACCACUGCUCCUCCCGUUAGCGGCGGUGCUACCUACACUGGCAACCCCUUCGCUGGCGUCGACCUUUGGGCCAACUCGUACUACGCCUCCGAGAUCACGACUCUGGCCAUCCCGUCUCUGAGCCCUGCUCUGGCCACUGCGGCCGCCAAGGUCGCCAAGGUCCCGACCUUCAUGUGGAUGGACACCCGCGACAAGGUUCCCUUGGUUGACGCUACUCUGGCCGACAUCCGCCGUGCCAACCAGGCUGGUGGAAACUACGCCGGUGAAUUCGUCGUCUACGACCUCCCUGACCGUGACUGUGCCGCUGCCGCCUCCAACGGCGAGUACUCCAUCGCCAACGGCGGUGUUGCCAAGUACAAGGAAUACAUUGACGCCAUCCGCACCAUGAUCCUCAAGUACUCUGACAUCCGCAUCCUCCUCGUCAUCGAGCCCGACUCUCUUGCCAACCUCAUCACCAACUUGAACGUGGCCAAGUGCGCUGGUGCCCAGGCUGCCUACCUUGAGUGCACCAACUACGCCGUCACCCAGCUCAACCUCCCCAACGUCGCUAUGUACCUCGACGGUGGCCACGCAGGCUGGCUUGGCUGGCAGGCGAAUCUGGGUCCUGCUGCGCAGAUGUACGCCAAGGUGUACAAGGACGCUGGCAGCCCCAAGGCUCUGCGUGGUAUCGUUACCAACGUUGCCAACUACAACGCCUGGAGCGUCAGCUCUCCCCUCCUUACACCCAGGGUAAUGAUCCGCCGUCGUUUUGCUUUUCAGUCCGGCAACUCCAACUAUGACGAGAAGCACUAUGUUGAGGCCCUUGCUCCUCUCCUUGCGGCCCAGGGCUGGAACGCUCAGUUCAUCGUUGACCAGGGCCGCUCCGGCAAGCAGCCCACUGGCCAGCAGGCGUGGGGCGACUGGUGCAACGCUAUUGGCACCGGCUUUGGUCUCCGCCCGUCCUCCAACACCGGCUCCUCGCUCGUCGACGCCUUCGUCUGGGUCAAGCCUGGCGGUGAGAGUGACGGCACUUCGGACACCUCGGCAGCCCGUUACGACUUCAACUGCGGCAAGAGUGACGCCCUCAAGCCUGCCCCUGAAGCUGGCACUUGGUUCCAGGCCUACUUUGAGCAGCUACUCAAGAAUGCCAACCCGGCUUUCUAA